CAAAGAUGUGGUGCAGGAAGUGGAGAGGGAGUUUUAUAUGUAGUAUUUCUGCUGUUUAUUUGGAAUUGUUGCUCUGUUAAGCAGAGAAAGUAAGUGUUCUUAGGUAAAGAAAGGCCGUAGAAACAAAAACCCUUCCUAUCAUAUUCCAUAGUAAAGUGGGUAAUUUUGCAGUUUCACACAGCUUAAUGGUGCUUAGAAAUAUUUGUCAGUAUUAGAACGAAUAACUGAUAAUAAGAGUUGUAGAGUUGCAUAACACGUGAGAUAAACCGUAACUUGAUAGGCGAGGUGCUACAUAUUUGGAAGCCUUUGCACAUCUGCUACAGUCCCUGAGCCAUUUAGUGUAAUUUGUCAUCAAAGAAGGAGACAGCCCAAGCUCAGCCUUGCCAGAACAAAUGUGAUGGAAGUAUCGUAGCAUUUGCAGGGCAUCUGCAGAGCACAAAGUAUGGGGGUUGCUGUGGAUGGCUGACAUUGUACCUCUAUUUGGUUGGCCUCCAGACAGAUUUUCAGAAAGGUUUUUAAUGCACCACUUUCUUUAUUUAGCACAAAAUUUUCCACAUCAUAUAUUUUUCCAAUAAAAGUUACUGUACUAGUAUCAGAUAAUUAAGUUUAUAGUAAUAUUUUGAACACGAUAUAUAAAAAUCUAUAUAUCCUUAUUUUAAAAAUUUAAAAUUUGAUAGUUUUUUUAGUAUCUUUUUCUCUUUAACUCAUUGCUUAUGGAUGAUGUGGGAUUCACAUCAUGGCUGACUCUGACUAAGUUGUAGUUCUGGGUGACAUGUUAUUCACAUCAUGGCCAAGUGCUCAUUCACAUCAUAUUACGAUGAUGUGUGCAUUACAUUACAUGCUGUUAUAAGGAACCCUCAUGUCCAUACCACAUACCCUGGAGUAUUGCCUGAGGGAGAAUGGCAUGUGUAAUGCUAUGAUUGGCUAUUGUUUUGUAUAAAGGGUAAAUUUUAACACAUAAGUCAUUCACCUGCUAUGCCUGGAAGAUGUCAAACAUGGCAGUCUCUUGCUGCUGAUGUGAACCUGUAACCAUAGGACAAGAUCUGCUGAAUGCGAUCCAGAAUGGCAGGCAUAACCAAGAAAUUCAUUGGUAAGGACAGAAGAGGAAAAUAAAUGCACUUAGAUGGAUAAAUCUAGAGAUGUUCAAGAUUUUCAUUUAUCUCACCAAGAUAUAUUCCAAGACUCUAGCAUGGAUCAACUAUCUCUGACAGAGUAUUCAGAAGGAUCUUCAAGGACACACAAUGCACUAGCAACACAUCAAGCCCACCAGCCUCUUCAAAAGAAUAAUUUUGUGCCAUUUACCCAUGAGACGCAUAGUUUUAUACAGCCAUUAACACUGCCACAGUCGCCUGGAUUUGUGCAAGCCAAUAUUAAUCCUUCACAACCUUCACUGUGUAGUAAUGAUACUGAUCAAGCAGUUCUUGAUACAAACAGCAGAACUCAGGUCUGUAACAGCAAUGUAUUACAUGGUACCAGCCCUAUAUCAAAUCCUACAAUUGAUUUGCAAAAUGGCUUGACAGUAAAUGAAGUGGACAGUAUUUCAAAACAAGAGCAUUCUGGACAAGAACAGUGGAAGAAAAAUAUUAGAAAGAAAAUGAAAAAUCUAGGGAAGAGUUAUACAACACAGAAUGGGAAGAAAGUAGGUGCUAAAGUUUUCAAGUCAAUCAACCAAUGUUGCUAUCAACAGUGCUUCAAGAACUUAAGUUUAAUGGAUCAGGAAAAUAUAUUUACCUCAUUUUGGAAUAUGGGUAACUGGAACAAACAAACAAAGUUCAUCUGGGAACAUACAGAGAUUAAAACUAAAGCCAGGAAAACAUUAGAUAGGUCAUCAAGACGAGUCCAUACUAGACAUUUUUUCCUGCCAGAUUGUUCAGGAAGUAAGGUUAAAGUUUGUAAAUCAGUCUUUCUUUCUUUACUUCAGAUCUCUAAUGGUCGUUUAAGUUACUCUCUCAGCAAGAAACUUGUUGCUGUAAAUGAUGAAGAGCCUCAAGAUAGGAGAGGGUCACAGAUUCCCUCAAAUAAGACUCCUGCACAAGCUGUAAGAGAUGCAGAAGAAUAUAUACAAUCAACUUCAUAUUAUAGCAUAAAAAAAGAUUCUGGUGCUAAAAUGCUUAUUGUUCCACAGGGAGUAACAAUUAGAAAGUUAUAUGCCACAUAUCAAAGAAAGUUUGUUGAAUCUGGUAAAUUAGUUAUCAGUCUAAAAUUGUUCAGGAAGCUCUUGCCACCUAUCUUGAAAAAAGAUGCCUUAAAUAUGCCCUUUAUAUUUAGCAAGCAAAUAGGUGAAUUAUCUUGCAUAGGUUAUAACAAGUGUCCAGCUAACAAGACAGUGAUAAUGAAUGUAGAAAAGUUUUCAAGGAAUGAGACUGAUACAAAACAAAGUGUAACAUUUAUUCAGGGUACAAAAGAUGUAGAAUUAAAUACACAUUCCAUAACGCAUAAUGAAAAUUAUUUAUCGUCAACAAAUAAUUCUGCAAGAAAAUCUAAUUUGAAACUGUGGAAACGCAAUAUUUCAAAGGACCUUAGAGACAGAGGGAAAAGCUACAUGUCCUCAUCUGGAAAGAUAAACUUGGGAAAAGAGUUUUUACCACAGCAUUCUUGUUGUAUAAGUAAUUGUCAUGUGGCUUUCCCAGUUGAGCAGCAAGAAACUCUUUUCAAGAAGUAUUGGGCCUUGGCCUCUUGGAAUUUACAGACUAAAUUCCUAUGGGACCACAUACAAGUUGUUCAGAAAAAGGUAAACACAUCCAAAAGUGAUGAUUCACGUCGUAUUCACACCAGGAUAUUUUUUCUUCCAAAUAAUGAUGGCGAAAAAAGAAAAGUAUGCAAGAUUCUUUUCUGCGCAACACUCCAGGUAUCAAAUGGCAGAGUUUCUCGUGCAGUUUGCUCAAAAAUAGUUGAUUCUUCUCUGCCUCCUCAAGAUAAAAGGGGUAAAAGUACCCCACAGAACAAGACAACCAGAGAAAAUGCUUUAUUUGCUUUGGAUCACAUUCACCAGUUGUUGCAGCAUAACAGUUGUCUUCAGUCUACCUCCAGAAAGUGUAGUCUGUUAAAUAAUAUAAGUAAAAAGAAAGCCCAUGAUAUGUACAGGAAUUCUUGUUUCGAAUAUGGAAAGAAACCUCUUUCUUACACUGUGUAUUGUCGUAUAUUACGUGAAGAUGCUUACUGUCCUGUUGAAAACAUUAAUUCAAGAAAGAACGAAAAUAGUUGUACUUGAUUCUAUUUUUUAUAUUGAUUUUAUGAAAUGUCAAUUUGAAGAUUUUUUCUUUCUUUCUUUUUUAUGUUCUUACUUUAUUAGUCCUAACAUUUGUCUACAUUUAUAUGACAUUUGUAAAAUUGUAAGUAAAAACUUUUUAGUAGGAAACCUGAAUUUUUAUGUUUUGUUCUAUAUCCUUGUAAUUCAUUGGAGAACAAUUAUUUAUGGCAGUCAGUCAUAUUUUAGAAGCAAAACUUAAAAGACAAUGGAAAGAGGAUAAACCCAAACCCCGUUCCUAAUUCCAUAACUACAUAAAGUUUUCCUGAUGCUGACCAGGAAAACUGACAUAAAGGGUUAAAGGUUACAUAUUUCCAAAAAGGACAACUUAGGCCUUAACAUUACAGACUGCUUUCAUGACUUAGGGAAGCAUAUCUUUUAAAUUAUCAUGCAAACAAGCAAUGAGUUUGGAGAGUUGAUCAUUAGCUGUAGAAUUAUAAAAAGGAAAGAAACAUGUCUAUAUAUCUUCUGAACCCAGUAUAAUAGGAUAAUCAACACUAUUUUUUUAGAAAUCAUUGCACAUUUGUGUAUAUUUCAUGGCUUUGAGAAAUAUGUACCCUUAAAAAGAAAAAUCAGCAAACCAGGAAGAUAUACUUGAUAAGCUGCAUUUGUUUGAGUUCUUUAUCAGACCAGUUUUUAUAUUUCUCAAUAUAGUGUAUUUUAUUUCAAGCUCAUUUCCCUCUUUAUC